AUGUCCGGGCGCGGAAAAGGAGGUAAAGGUUUGGGGAAAGGAGGCGCCAAGCGUCACCGUAAGGUUCUCCGUGAUAACAUCCAGGGUAUUACUAAGCCCGCAAUUCGUCGUUUGGCUCGCCGUGGUGGUGUUAAGCGUAUCUCUGGUUUGAUUUACGAGGAGACCCGCGGUGUGCUGAAGGUCUUCUUGGAGAACGUUAUUCGCGAUGCAGUCACCUACACAGAACAUGCCAAGAGGAAGACUGUCACCGCCAUGGAUGUGGUGUACGCGCUGAAGCGUCAGGCUGAACAAGCUCCUGGGUGGUGUCACUAUCGCUCAGGGCGGAGUGCGAUGGCUAGAACCAAGCAGACUGCCCGUAAAUCUACCGGUGGCAAGGCCCCCAGGAAGCAGCUCGCCACUAAGGCUGCUCGUAAGAGCGCGCCUGCUACAGGCGGUGUGAAGAAGCCUCACCGCUACAGGCCCGGCACAGUGGCUCUGAGAGAGAUCCGCCGUUACCAGAAGUCCACCGAGCUGCUGAUUCGCAAGCUGCCUUUCCAGCGGCUGGUGAGAGAAAUUGCCCAGGAUUUCAAGACCGACCUGCGUUUCCAGAGCUCUGCCGUUAUGGCUCUGCAGGAAGCUAGCGAGGCUUAUCUGGUUGGUCUGUUUGAGGACACCAACCUGUGCGCCAUCCACAAGAUGUCCGGGCGCGGUAAAGGAGGUAAAGGUUUGGGGAAAGGAGGCGCCAAGCGUCACCGUAAGGUUCUCCGUGAUAACAUCCAGGGUAUUACUAAGCCCGCAAUUCGUCGUUUGGCUCGCCGUGGUGGUGUUAAGCGUAUCUCUGGUUUGAUUUACGAGGAGACCCGCGGUGUGCUGAAGGUCUUCUUGGAGAACGUUAUUCGCGAUGCAGUCACCUACACAGAACAUGCCAAGAGGAAGACUGUCACCGCCAUGGAUGUGGUGUACGCGCUGAAGCGUCAGGGUCGCACACUAUACGGCUUCGGAGGCUAA